AGGAGGGAUGGCGCGGGGAGGCGGCCGCUGUUUAUGUGCAGCCGGGCAGGCUGCGCCUCGGCAGAGAGCGAGUGGCCGGCGGCGGUCCCGCUGCCCGCCCCGCACCAUGCGGGUCCCGCUGCAUCUCCGCGUCGCGGCGGCAGCGGAGCCGGGGCAGGGGCAGCCAGCGCGGCGCCCCGCGCCAUGGUGACGGGCUCUGCGCUGGGAUCCCGCAGCCGGGACCGAGCCGCGCCGCCCCGCUACUCGUCCCCUUCGGCGGGCGGGCGGCACGGCGGGGCGGCGGCGGCGGCGGUGCUGGCGGGGCUGUGCGCCCUCUGCUACGGCAACUCCCUGCGGGGCGAGUUCGUGCACGACGACGUCUGGGCCAUCGUGAACAACCCCGACGUGCGGGCGGCCACCCCGGUGGCUGCCGCCUUCGCCAACGACUUCUGGGGCAAGCGGAUGGCCGAGAACACCAGCCACAAGUCCUACCGGCCCCUCUGCGUCCUCACCUUCAAGUUAAACAUAUUGCUGGCUGGUAUGAACCCCUUCUAUUUCCAUGCAGUGAAUGUAAUUUUACACUGUCUAGUGACUCUUGUGCUGAUGUACACUUGUGACAAAGCUGUGUUCAAGGACUGUCGACUUGCUUUUGUCACGGCGCUGUUCUUUGCUGUGCAUCCCAUUCACACCGAGGCUGUAACAGGUAUAGUAGGCAGAGCCGAUGUCCUAGCCUGCCUACUCUUUCUGUUGGCUUUUCUCUCCUAUAAUAGGAGUGUGGAUCAGCUUUAUGUUGGGGAACAUUUCCCUCCCACUGCCUCCCCAUUCUUUUUGCUGCUUAGUUUACUCCUUGGGACAUGUGCAAUGCUGGUGAAAGAAACUGGAGUCACUGUGUUUGGUGUGUGCUUGGUUUAUGACUUCUUUUCCCUCUCCUGCAAUGGACUCAAACUGAGAAAUGGGGGGAUCCACCACAGACCUGCGCAGCAAUCCUCAGCUUCUCCCUCUGCCUCACUGCCGGUCCCUCCUUCUGGUCGGGAGAAUGGGAAGCAUCGCUUUGCUCACCGGGGCACCUGGAGCUCCUGCCACCCUGCAUCACCCGAGGAGCAGCGGAGCGGUGGCCUUUCUGUGCCCAGCAAAGCCAUGUGGGCCAUUCGGAGCUACCUGACUGCAAAUAACAACCAGAAUUUCUUGUAUACCGCUCGGCCUUUUCUGAAGAGAGCUGUUUUGGUGAUAAGCUAUGUAAUUCUCGUGUUGUACUUCCGCCUCUGGAUAAUGGGAGGUUCCAUGCCGAUGUUUUCAGAGCAGGACAAUCCAGCUUCAUUCUCACCGUAUUUCCUGACGAGGUUUCUGACUUACUCCUACCUUCUGGCCUUCAAUGCGUGGCUUCUGCUGGCACCCAUCACCCUCUGCUAUGACUGGCAGGUCGGCAGCAUCCCUUUGAUCGAGUCAAUCUGGGAUGCAAGGAACUUAGCCACCGUGUUCCUGGUACUGGUGAUGACCUUACUCAGCCUACAUUGCAUAGCUGCAUUCAAGAAACUGGAACACAAAGAAGUUUUGGUUGGCUUGUUGUUCCUGGUUUUCCCAUUCAUCCCAGCCAGCAACCUCUUCUUCAGGGUGGGAUUUGUGGUGGCAGAGCGAGUCCUUUACAUGCCGAGUAUGGGGUACUGCAUCCUUUUUGUCCACGGUCUAAGAAAGCUGUCUACAUGGUUAAAUAAAUGGAGAAUUACUGUUCUGACCCUUUUUGCUCUACUGCUGCUGCUCUUCUCUUGGAAGACCGUGAAACAGAACGAAAUCUGGCUGUCACGAGAAUCCCUUUUCAGCUCAGGAGUGAAGACCCUGCCCCACAAUGCCAAGGUGCACUACAACUACGCCAAUUUCCUCAAAGACCAGGGCCGUAACAUUGAGGCGAUCUACCAUUACAAAACUGCUCUCAAACUGUACCCUCGUCACGCAAGUGCUCUCAACAACUUGGGGACGUUGACCAAAGAUGUGGUGGAGGCAAAAGAGUACUAUAGACGGGCCCUUCAGUUAAACCCUCAGCACAAUCGAGCUCUCUUUAAUCUCGGCAACCUGCUCAAGUCCCAAGGGAAGAAGGAGGAAGCUGUGAUCUUACUGCGGGACUCCAUUAAGUAUGGCCCAGAGUUUGCGGAUGCUUACUCCAGCCUGGCCUCACUGCUAGCCGAACAGGAACGGCUUAAGGAAGCAGAAGAGGUCUAUAAAGCUGGAAUAGAAAAUUGCCCAGAGAGCUCUGAUCUGCAUAACAACUAUGGUGUUUUCUUGGUUGAUACCGGGGCUCCUGAGCGAGCUGUGUCCCACUACAAGCAGGCCAUCCACCUGAGCCCCACUCACCACGUAGCCAUGGUCAACCUGGGCAGGCUUCACCGCUCCCUGGGGCAGAACAAAGAGGCUGAAGUGUGGUAUAAGAGGGCACUGAAGGUAUCCCGGAAGGCUGAAAUCCUGUCCCCGCUGGGGGCUCUGUAUUACAACACGGGGCGGUAUGAAGAAGCGUUGCAGGUUUACAGAGAAGCAGGAUCACUGCAGCCUUCAAACAAAGAGAUCCGACUGGCACUGGCUCAGGUUUUAGCAAUGAUGGGGCGGACGAAGGAAGCUGAAAAGAUGACAAACCAUAUACUCAAUGAGGAUGUGAAGUGUCUGGAGUGCUACCGCCUUCUCUCGGCCAUCUACAGCAAGCAGGAGCACUAUACUAAGGCACUUGAAGCUAUAGAAAAAGCUCUUCAGCUAAAACCAAAGGAUCCAAAAGUCAUAUCAGAGCUCUUUUUCACUAAAGGAAACCAGCUAAGAGAACAGAAUCUCCUUGACAAGGCUUUUGAGAGCUAUAAACAGGCUGUGGAGCUCAACCCGGACCAAGCACAGGCCUGGAUGAAUAUGGGAGGCAUUGAGCACAUCAAGGGGAGCUACAUCACUGCCCGUGGCUACUAUGAGAAAGCCUUACAACUCGUUCCAAACAGCAAGUUGCUGAAGGAGAACCUGGCCAAACUGGAUCGCUUGGAGAAACGGUUUCAGGAAAUCCAGGAGAAAGACCAAACAUAGCAUUCAGUCAUCAGUGGAAUGAAACUCAUGUCCCUUGGAGAAGACUAUGGUGGAAGCCUAUUCUUGAAGUGAUGCUGAAGGAACUUUGAUAGGACUCAGACUUACGGAAGGCAGAUUAUGAAUGCAUGCUUAUGUUUGACCAAAGUUACAGGAGACAUUUGGCUCCUGUGGGACAUGCUGGAGAAUGAAUGAAAACCUUCCUUUAAUCAA